AUGGCUGCAGUUUCGUUUGGUGAGUUUACGACCAUAGAAAGACUGAUUUAUUUGCCCCUGGAUGACAAGGGGGUGGACAAGUACCGGUAUCCCCGUGCGGGUAAAACCAAUGCUGACAGCUGUCUGAAGAUGGCUCAGUUCACUGUUGGAAACUAUGGAAGGUUUGAAGAUGAAGUCAUCAUGCUGAGGUUGUUUGAGCCUCUGUCGAGUCUUUCAGUGGACUCGGAGUACCUUGCCAGGGCAGGAUGGACUCCAGACGGAAACUUUGUCCACUUUCAGAUUUUGAAUCGGGUCCAGACCAACCUAACACUGUACCUGAUCCCUCGAGAGUGUUUCAUCCCCGAGGCCCGGUACCAGCCUAGCUCACAGACACGAACAGAUGCCCAGUAUGAACCUGUCCAACUGCCACCUGUACAUGUCCUACUGGAGGAAACCUCCGACAUCUGGGUUAAUAUCACUGACAUACUGCAUUUCCUGCCGGCCAGGCCAGACUCUAGAGAUGUAGAGUUUCUGUGGAUGUCAGAAAGAUCUGGCUACCGACAUCUCUAUCGGGUCACUUCAUCUCUGGCUCACCAUGGACAGACUCAGCAAACAGUGAUGGCCUGUGAGAGUGAGGUCACACAGAUCACCACUGGGGACUGGGAGGUGUCCUCUAAAGAGAUCUGGGUGGACGAAACACGAGGUCUGGUCUACUUCCUUGGACUAAAGGACACUCCACUUGAAACACAUCUGUAUGCAGUCUCCUACCAGACCCCGGGUCCUGUCUACAGACUCACAGAGCUGGGAUACACUCACAAUGUCACACUGGAUAAGGCGUGCUCCAUGUUUGUGACAGUGUUCAGCGCUGUGAACUCAGCUCUCCAGUCUGCUCUGUACAGAAUAGAGAUCUCACCCCAGUCUGUACAGACUCAACCCCUGGCUGUCCUCAUGUCAUCCACAGACUUUCCUGACUACAGCUACUCAGAGAUGUUCAACUACAAAAGCAAGUCAGGCCACACAAUGUAUGGGAUGUACUACCGGCCCCACAAUUACCAGCAUGGGGUCAAGUAUCCCACAGUGCUGUUUGUGUAUGGGGGACCGCAUGUACAGCUGGUGACCAACUCCUUCAAAGGGCUCAAGCAUGUACGACUGCACACACUGGCUGCGGAAGGAUUUGCUGUUGUCAUUAUUGAUGGUAGAGGCUCGUGUAGUCGAGGGAUCAAGUUUGAAAGCCAUAUUAAAAACAGACUGGGCACUACAGAGAUAGAGGAUCAAGUGGAGGGUUUACAGUGGCUGGUAUCACAUGUAGAUUUUAUAGACGAAGAUAGGAUAGCAGUACACGGAUGGUCUUAUGGUGGCUACCUCUCCUUAAUGGGUCUGGCUCAGAGGCCAGAUAUAUUCAAGGUGUCUAUAGCGGGUGCCCCGGUUGUAGACUGGCACCUGUACGACACUGGAUACACGGAGCGGUACAUGGACCUGCCCACUAACAACCUGUAUGGGUAUCACCGUGGCAACGUGCUCACAUAUGUAGACAGCUUACCGGAAGAUGAGAAUCGUCUACUGAUCGUGCAUGGUCUGAUGGAUGAGAAUGUCCACUUCCUACACACGAGCAAACUGGUGAACGCUCUCGUGAAGGCCUGCAAACCACACACUCUACAGUUGUAUCCCAAUGAGAGACAUGGCAUCAGAAGUCAUGAGGCGUCUGAACACUACCGUGUCCUGGUGCUUAACUUCCUAAAACACAACCUGUGAUAUGUACACAUAACUUAGAAGAGUAGUCUUGGAUACACUAUACAGAACACUCAGUGUGGUGAUGGAAACCUUUGAUACAGCAUGAAACAAGAAACAAUUCAAGUUGUAAUGGAAACACAGUUCAGAAAACUUCAUACACAGGACAGAGUGUGAUAAACAGAGAAGUUAAUGAAACACUUUCAGUUGUAUUGGUUAAUGUAAGAGUAGAUUUGAAAACUUUUUACCGCAGAAAAACACUUUAUUUCAAAUGGGAUCUGUACUAUGCAGCCACCGUGUGUCACUGAUACACCAAAAUUAAAACCAGUACAAUUCACACUGUCUCACAUUCAGCUUUAGAAUGUUUACUGAUUUGUACUGUUCAUUAAUAAUUGGGCCGUGCUCUUCAAAAAAGGGGGUUUAAUGCAUGUGCGUAAAAUAACUUCCCAGAUAAGCCUGUGCAGUAUACACAGGCUAAUCAGGGACGACACUUCCCAACUAAACUUGAUUUUUGCUAAGGAGAGACUUUCUUUAAACUAAAAAUAUAAAAGCAGAAAGUUCCUUCCCUGAUUAGCCUGUGCAGACUGAACAGACUUGGACAGCACUUUACACACAUGCAUUAAACCCCUUUGUCACAGAGCACAGUCAUGUAUAGUGGGUAAACACAUGCUAAUUAAUUUAUUAAAUGCAAUGAUAUAUUGAAUGCAUGUACUUAUAAAUAAGACACACUUUU